AUGUUCGAGGGCCGCCGCCCCUCCCGCCGCUACCGCCUCCGCCAGCACCGCGCCAACUCCGUCGUCCUCACCCCCGCCGAGCUCGUCGAGAUCCGCGCCGCCCAACGCACCUUCGAAGGCGCCUACGUUCGCACGGCGCUCGGCCAAUUCUCCUUCGCGCUCAUCGUGCUGAAGAUCUUCACCGGCGAGUUCUAUAGCAUUGGCGCGCUGUUCGCCGUGUACGGCUCUGGCAUCAUGCUGGUGAGCUGGCUACGGCGGCGCAAGGGUAACCGGCAGAUCUUCUGGGAGACGGGGAUACCCGGGGGGAGUAGGCCGGGGGGGCAGAUGGGGUUUAUUGGGGAGGAGGAGGUGCCGGGGAUGACGGGGGGACAGAAGUUUAGGACGAGUGGGAAUGUGGUGACGGUGUUGACAGCGCUGAGCUUGGCGGCCUAUGUUGGGCUACUGGUUUUGACUAUCAACCUACGCUCAUGA